AUGGGCAAGAUCAAGAUUGGAAUCAAUGGAUUUGGAAGGAUUGGUCGUUUGGUCGCUAGAGUUGCUCUGCAGAGGGAUGAUGUAGAACUUGUUGCUGUUAAUGAUCCAUUCAUCACCACUGAUUAUAUGACAUACAUGUUUAAGUAUGAUAGUGUGCACGGCCACUGGAAGCACAAUGAGGUGAGGGUCAAGGAUGAAAAGACCCUUCUUUUUGGUGAUAAUCCAGUCAGAGUUUUUGGGGUCAGGAACCCUGAGGAGAUUCCAUGGGCCGAAACUGGUGCUGAGUUUGUCGUGGAGUCAACCGGAGUUUUUACCGACAAGGAUAAGGCUGCUGCCCACUUGAAGGGUGGUGCUAAGAAAGUUGUCAUUUCGGCUCCAAGCAAAGACGCCCCCAUGUUUGUUGUUGGUGUUAAUGAGAAGGAAUACAAGCCUGAUCUAGACAUUGUAUCCAAUGCUAGUUGCACCACUAAUUGCCUUGCUCCACUGGCCAAGGUCAUAAAUGAUAGGUUUGGUAUAGUCGAGGGUCUCAUGACCACCGUUCACUCCAUUACUGCUACUCAAAAGACCGUUGAUGGUCCAUCAAGCAAGGACUGGAGAGGUGGAAGAGCUGCAUCUUUCAACAUCAUUCCCAGCAGCACUGGAGCUGCCAAGGCUGUUGGUAAAGUGCUUCCAUCCCUAAACGGGAAGUUGACAGGGAUGUCCUUCCGAGUUCCUACAGUUGAUGUUUCUGUGGUAGACCUCACUGUCAGGCUAGAGAAAGAGGCCACUUACGAGGACAUCAAAGCUGUCAUCAAGGAGGAGUCGGAGACAAACCUCAAGGGUAUCUUAGGUUACACUGAAGAUGAUGUUGUUUCGACUGACUUUGUUGGUGAUAGCAGGUCAAGCAUUUUCGAUGCCAAGGCUGGGAUCGCUCUUAGCAAGAAAUUUGUGAAGCUUGUCUCGUGGUAUGACAAUGAAUGGGGUUACAGUUCUCGUGUGAUUGAUUUGAUCGUUCACAUGGCUUCAGUUCAAGCCUGA